UGAGUUGAGUUGAUUGUCAGUUUCUAUACACAUCGGUUUUUUCUGUUUGUUUUUUUCUUUUCUUUUUUUUUUGUAUACAAUUUUCCUCAAUUGCUUUUGGGGUUUCAUUGGUCAAUAUGCCUCCUAUUUUGGCCCAUGAGCUGACGUAUGAGCAGGUUCAAGAGCUGAAGGAUGCCUUCGAUAGGUACGAUCUGGACUCAAGUGGCACUCUUUCAGCGAGUGAGAUGCGUUUGGCUCUGAUUUCCAUGGGUCACGAGAUCACUGAAGCAGAGCUCUACGAUCUCAUUCGCACGGUGACUGUGAGAGAUGACACAGAACUGAAUCUGGCACAAUUCAUGCAGAUGAUGGCACCCCGAAUGGCCGAUAUAGAUAGCGAUGAAGCUCUGGAACGUGCCUUUAAACUAAUCGAUCGGGAUCACGACGGUUUCAUUGGCGGGCAGGAUGUGAGAGCGAUCAUGCUCAUCCUGGGCGAAGUCGUUACCGAUGAGGAUGUCAGGGAUAUCUGCCGUGCAGUCGAUAUGGAUGGCGAUGGGCACAUAAGUCUGCUCGAUUUCAUGAGCUUUAUGCACAGCCCCUUAUGAACUUGGUCCGCAAUUAAAAUUUAACAUUUUUGUAAAGGCAAAUGGGCCGAAUAGUACUGCACAUACAAAAAUCAGCUUAUUUCAAUAAAAAAUAUUUUAAAAUCGAAACCGAUACUUUGAGGUAUAUUUCUGACUGCAGGCGAAAAAAACGAAGGCAUCUGAAUGGAAAACGGAAAGGAAAAAAUUGAGAGCAUAAAGCCAGAAAUUAAUUCAGCAGCACGUUUCGUCCAUUAAGCCGCCAGAGCUUUGCUUGCUGACUUUGCCACCCCGCCGCCUCCGCCCCUGCCCCGGCCCCGCCUCCUUUUGCAGGACAUGGACAUGGACACAUGGACACAUGUGCAAUGGCCCCACACAAACACACAUGCAAAGUGUUGUGUAAACAAGUCAGCUGCCAGUUGGCCGGCAGCUGCAGGCGGGGCUUAGAGGAGAAGAUCUGGAGGAAGCUGAUGCUGAAGCUGAAGGAGAAGUGGCCUGGCCAGAAGGAAGAGCCAGCAGAAAUCAAGGUGCCACGCCCCCUUCGGAUGGAUACGCCCACCGGCGUCCAAUUGUGCUUUGUUUGCCCCCUGCUGGCAGGAGUCCACCGAAACCACCUUGACUCGUUGUCGUCGAGAGUGGCUUUAAUAUUUUUCAGCUGACGCUGCUCUUAAUGAAAGCAAGAAAUGAUGCCCACUGCUGGCGCUUCUUCUUAUCCUCGUUUCCGCUUCCUCUAAUGCGUCUUCCCUCCUGGCUUGUGCACUCAGAAAAAAACUAUCUUUAAUAAUUUUUAAACAUGACUGUAUACACAUUUUUCCGUAAAAUCAUAUAACUAUUUUAUUUAAAAUUAUAAUUUUA